AUGUCUCACAAGACGUCCAUCCUCCUGAUAGGCGCGACAGGUUAUAUUGGAGGCUCUGUACUCACUCGCCUGAUGAAGCACCCCAACGCAUCCAACUUUGAUAUAACUGUGCUCGUACGUUCCGAAGAGAAGGCCAAGAAGCUCGAGGCAUUUGGGGUUCACACCGUCAUUGGUUCAUUCGGUGAUACCGAAAAACUGGAAGCUUUGGCCAGCAAAGCCAGUAUCGUUUUCAACUGCGCAGAUGCAGAUGACCUAGGCGCUGCGCGAGCAAUCCUGCGGGGAAUGCAGAAAAGGCAUACCGAGGCUGGUGAAAUUCCCACUUUGAUCCACACUUCAGGAACAGGCAUUGUCACUGAUAAUGCUGCCGGGAUGUACCCCAUGUCCACUAUCUACUAUGACUCCGAUCCCGACCAGAUCGAGACGCUUUCCCCCACGCAAAUGCACCGAAAUGUGGACCUCAGCAUCGUUAACGCAGACGCCAAAGGGACCAUCAAGUCCUACAUCAUUCUGCCGUCUGACAUCUACGGUUUGGCUUCCGGCUCCCUGGUAAACGCGGGAAUUAUGAACCCACACUCGGUGCAAAUUCCUCUGCUGAUCAAGGCGAGCCUGGAUCGUGGCCGCGGCGGUAUGGUGGGCGAGGGCAAGAAUAUCUGGCCCAACGUGCAUAUCGACGAAGUCGCGGACCUGUAUAUUGUGGUGUUCGACGCGGUGAUGUCCGGGAAACCCAUAGGCCAUGGCCGCGAGGGUUUCUACUUCGCCGAGAACGGCGAACACCAGCUGUAUGAUAUUGGAAAGGCAAUCGGUGCUGCCCUUGUUGACCUGGGUAUGGCGAAGUCAGACGAGCCGACGACCUUUUCGAAGGCAGAGCUGGACAAAUAUUUUGGCGGGUCUGCCGACCUGGGCACAAACUCGCGCUGCCGUGCUGAACGGUCUCGCGCCAUCGGGUGGAAGCCCGUCAAGGGGACCAGAGAUAUGCUCGCUAGUGUGAGGCCCGAGAUUGACAACAUGAUUGCCCGUCCGGAGUCAGUGAAGAUCUGA